CAAAAACAGCAGGUGGAGAGAACAGGCUGCAGCGGCACCGCCACACUGAGACACCACGCAGAGGGCGGGAGCCCUCCGAGUCGCUCGCCGCGGGGCACGGGCGGAAGCAGCUCAGCAUUACCUGGUCCCCCGGUGCGGAGAAGUCCACCACGCCCCGCAGGUCGGACGCGUCGCGCUUCCGAUAGAAACGAAAGAGCCGACGGAACGCAUCCUCCCCACCCUCACGGGUCAAGGCCGCCGCCGCCGCCAUUUCGGGCCGGCCAGGGCGGGGCCGCCUCUCUCUCUCUCCGUCCCUCCCUCUCACCGCAGUCCCGACAUGGCGGCGGCCAGUGCAGUGCGGGAGGCCGGGCGCCGCUCCCGGCGGCUCUUCGAUAUCUUCGUGGCUGAGAUUCCCUGGACGGUAUCGAGCAAGGAGCUGAAGGAGUACUUCUCCCAGUUCGGGCCGGUGCAGAGGUGCCAGCUGCCCUUCGACAGAGAUACAGGCUUUCACAGACGUUACUGCUGGAUUAAGUUCUCAGCUCCAGAAGUUGUUGAGAGUGUGUUACAGGAGUCCCACAUUCUUGAAGGUUCCAAGCUUACUCUCAGGCAGCAGAUCCGUAGAAGACGCAGUCAAAGGAAGAGUCAAAGUGAGUGAUGGAAGGAGGCUUUAUUUCACUAAAUUUAAAGAAACUAAAAUAAAGAUUACUGAGAAACUA